CCGUGUUCCUCCCUCCCCCCGCCUCCACCCCAGGCCCGCUCCCCCCCGGGACCGGACCAGCCCUGCCCGGCGUUUGGGGGUGUCCCGGCCCCCCGGCCAGCCGCCGCGGGCCCCAGCGCGAUGGAGCUGCUGCAGCGGGACCCCGCCGCGCCGAGCCCCGCGCGCAGCCCCGCCGCCGUGCGCGGGGCCGUCGAGCGCCCGGGCCACCUCCCGGGCCUGCGGCCGGCAGCGCAGGGCCUCCUGGGGUCCCCGGAGCGCGCGGCCACCUUCUCGCCGGUCGCCACCCUCACCCGGACCAUGCACGACCUCGCCGGGCUCGGCAGAGAGGCCCCACAGAGUCAGGUAGGCAGCCUGCUCACAAGCCUAUCCCUGUCCCCGCGGCGAGCAUCUGCAUCCUCCCUGUCGUCUGAGUCCUCUGAAUCUUCGGAUGCAGGGCUCUGCAUGGAUCCUCCCAGCCCCAUGGACCCCCAGAUGGCGGAGCAGACGUUUGAACAGGCCAUCCAGGCAGCGAGCCGGUUCGUUCGAAGCAAGCAGUUCACCAUCCGCCGCUUCCAGUCCUUGCCGGUGAGGCUUCUGGGCCACAGCCCUGUGCUACGGAACAUCACCAAUGCCCAAGCGCCUGGCAACUGGAAGAAGAGCGAGGCUCAGGACCAAACUGCCCACAGCUCCGAGGAGGAUAAGGAGAAUGUGCGCAGGCCAGGAUGGGAUGGAUUUGUCUUCAAGAUGCCAUGGAAGCCCACACAUCCCAACCACGCCCAUGCUCUGGCUGAGUGGGCCAACCGCAGGGAAGCCUUUGCCCAGAGGCCAAGCUCGGCCCCCGACUUGAUGUGUCUCACCCCUGAGCGGAAGAUGGAAGUAGACGAGCUGAGUCCCCUGGCCCAGCGCUUCCCCCUGACCCCCACCAAGGGGGUUCCCGAAGAAGAUGACGGGUUUGUGGACAUCCUGGAGAAUGACUUAAAGGACGAUGAUUCGGUUCCUCCAGGCAUGGAGAGCCUCAUUAGUGCCCCGCUGGUCAAGACUUUGGAAAAGGAGGAGGAGCAGGACCUCAUCAUGUACAGCAAGUGCCAGCGGCUCUUCCGCUCUCCGUCCAUGCCCUGUGGUGUGAUCCGGCCCAUCCUCAAGAGACUCGAGCGGCCCCAGGACAGGGACCUGCCCAUACAGAACAAGCGGAGGAGGAGUGUGACCCCUCUGGAGGAGCACCAGGAGGCCGAGGAACCUAAAGCCCGUGUCCUUCGCUCCAAGUCCUUGUGCCACGACGAGAUUGAGAACAUCCUGGACAGUGACCACCGUGAGCUGAUUGGGGAUUACUCGAAGGCCUUCCUCCUACAGACUGUGGAUGGGAAGCACCAAGACCUCAAGUACAUCUCACCAGAAACGAUGGUGGCCCUGCUGACGGGCAAGUUCAGCAACAUUGUGGAGAGGUUCGUGAUUGUGGACUGCAGAUACCCCUACGAGUACGAAGGCGGGCACAUCAAGACUGCUGUGAACCUGCCCCUGGAACAGGAUGCUGAGAUGUUCCUGCUGCAGAGCCCCAUCACACCCUGUAGCCUGGACAAGAGGAUUAUCCUCAUUUUCCACUGUGAAUUCUCAUCUGAGCGUGGGCCCCGCAUGUGCCGUUUCAUCAGGGAGCGAGAUCGCACCAUCAAUGACUACCCCAGCCUCUACUACCCUGAGAUGUACAUCCUCAAAGGCGGCUACAAGGAGUUCUUCCCACAGCACCCGACCUUCUGUGAACCCCAGGACUAUCGGCCCAUGAACCACGAGGCCUUCAGGGACAAGCUGAGGACUUUCCGCCUCAAGACGCGCAGCUGGGCCGGGGAGCGGAGCCGGAGGGAGCUCUGCAGCCGCCUGCAGGACCAGUGAGAGGCUGCCCGCGGACUCACCCUCCUUCAUUGCCUCGAGUGGCCUGGGCAUCAGCUACCCAGAGGCCUGUAAUACUGAGGAUCUGCUGGAGGCCCCAGGACAGGGAGGGUGUCCUGUCCGCCCGCCCCAGUCCUGAUCCCCUUGUUUCACUCCAACCAUACUCCAUAUCCCGGUGCCACCCCUCUCCCAACACCCCAGCCCCUAGAAGAACCCCGGCCUAUUGACAGUGAAACUGGAUUAUGUCCAGCUCGAAGGAAGUCUUUUGUGUCCAACAGGAACCUUUUGCAUGUUUUUUUUCAUCCUUGUCUGGGUUAACACUUUGUCUUCCUGUGUCCAGAAAAGUCCCCUUUUCCCUAGGGGCUUUGUAUGUUUGAGGCUGAGGGACACCUCAGCCCUGGGAGGAGCACUGUGCCCGGCCCUCAGUAGCACUCCUACCUGCGUCUGCGUGUCCCCUUUCCUGUCCCUCCUUACGUGCACCUCCAGCACAGACGUAAGCUCUUCCUCUUCCUGUUUCAGUGUUACCUGCAUGCUUGAUUUGUCUGUCUGAUUGUUGUUCCCAUCUCAGGACACCCACAGGCAGCUAAGCGGUCCCCUGAAGGGAGGGCUGCCCCACUCGAAGUUACCCAUUAGGCUCUCCGGAUCCUGUUGGGGCUAUAGACUGAAACCUUAAUUCCCCACUCGGCCUGUCUUCUGCAGCCUCGGAAAGGGAUGUUAUAUGCAGGGGCCCCUGGGUGAGGGCUGAGGCCUGUGUCCUUAACCUCCCUGGAAGCCCAGCCCCCACUGCUGUGAACCCUGGGGCCUGACUUCUGAGAACUUGCUGCUGUCUUGUCAUGAAUGGACAGAUGGAUGGACAGAUGGAUGGAUGAGGAGUGGAUGGAGAGCUGUAGAUGAGCAAUGCCUUGCACAUAAACCCCCGGGUGGAAGCAUUUCAGUGAGCCUGACAGCCUUCGACAAGAGUAUGUAUGUAUCUUUCUGGACGAAAUCUUUACAUUUUUAAGAUUGGAAAAUAUUCAAGAGGAAAUGAGGUAGCAGCUCAACCAAGGACAGAACCAUCUCUGACCUUUUAAUCUCAGGAUGUGGGGAGGGCUGUGCUUGAAGGCUCUGAUGAGUCAUCUGUAAGGGCCUUGUUUCAAUAAAGCGCUGAACAGGUUGAGCAA